UUGUUAAUCCAUUGUUACCUAUUAGUUUCUUCGUUGCAGUUUUCCCACCGUCUCAAUAACGCAUUCCAAAAUCAUAUAUUUCUUAAGCUGAAAACAUCUCUGAGAUAAUCUACAUGAUUGACGUCUGACCUCAGGUAACUAAGAUACAUCCUGCAGAUGUCUCUACGUAAAUACCCAGUGCGUUACAAAUUCUCGAGAAGACCCUUCCUGCACUAAAGCUAUACCGUCUGAUAUUACUAUUGGACAGCCUAAAAAUAUAUCAAUCACAAGUUCGGACGUCCAUCGAUCCUACCUGAUCGUCGUUCCACCUCUCUACACAUCCCAACCAUCGACUCCUGUCAUAUUCUCUUUCCAUGGAGGUCACCGAAAUGCAUCGCAACAACUCGCAUUGGACCAAAUAUCAAAUCCUGAAUUUAACGACUUCGCCAUAACGAUAUAUCCUCAAGGAGUCAAGGGGAAAUGGGAAGGCAACCCUGGAAACACAGCAAAUGAUACCCAGCUCGUCAGUGAUAUCAUUGACAGCCUUGACAAAACAUACUGUAUAGACAACAAACGCAUCUGGGCUACUGGUAAAUCCGACGGGGGAGGUUUUUGUAAUACUUUAGCCUGUCAUCCCAUCAUGUCCACCAAAAUCGCUGCUUUCGCUCCCGUCUCUGGUGCAUUUUAUAUCGACACUCAACCAUGUUUUCCGAACAAUGUUACGAUCCCGUGUUCUCCAGGACGUCUCAAGAUUCCCAUGCUUGAGUUUCAUGGCGGCGACGAUUCGACGAUUCGUUAUUAUGGACAGGCUAAUCGGUCCAACCAGUGUAUACCGACCGUUCCGCAUUGGGUACAUCAAUGGGCCCUGAGAGAUGAAUUGGGGCUCAAAAAUGUCACAACUGAUUUGACGAAUGACACGGUUGUGUAUAGUUAUGGAAAGGGAGAAGACGAAGGCUUAGUACAGCAUGUUUUUGAUAGAAAGUUGGGGCAUGAUUGGCCGAGUACGGUGUUGAAUGCUGAUCUGAUUGGGCAUGGGGAAAGACCAGCGAGCUUCGAUGCUACACCUAUGAUCUUGGAUUUCUUUCAAAAUCAUAUAUUACCGUAAUUUCGAGGUUGUGUUAUCGUUGAUGAAGAGUGUUCCACUGUCUGGAUUAGCAGAUGGAACACAAGCUCUUGAUGUCUGAAAAGAAAAUAGGACGUUGAGGGUGGAUGUUGUGUUUCACAACAUUUGCUUAUAUAGCUGGAUCCGGAAAGCGAAAGUUUUCGACUGUUGAGCUGCGUCUCAGAACAUUCAAAUACUUCCCAAUUCUGUAUAUCAUUGUUCCGCAUUCUACUCCGAAUUGCAAGUGUACCUCCUUCGGUCUCCCACUUUGAGCCUUCUACCAUCCGCCAAACUUUGUCAUUUGUCCUCCUCGGACCCAUUUGUCAAGAAUACCUUGUGAUUAAAUGAAGUGAGCCAUUUUCCAUAUCAAGUCUGUCCUGCUAGUACUAUGGUAAUAACCAAACGUCCCACGAUGACAUGAAAUAGUCUGAUUCCUGUGCAAAUCGCUUUGCAAUAUCGAGUCUCGUAUCAAACUCUCUAAGCAACGACUCUACCAAGCUCACAAUCGAAGACAAUUCUGAGUGGAUGCAGCAUGCAACUUCGGAUUCAUAGUGAGACAAAGGAGAGCUGAAGCGUUUGUCUUUUGAAGGCGAGGAAGGAAAAGGUUGGGAAUCUCAAUUCUGAACGCGUGUUCGUUUGAAGCGCCGAGAUUUUCAAACAGGUCUCCAAAACAGGUUGCACCCGCAGAUGGAAAGAAGAAAGGCAGAAGGAAAAGCGCUGACUAAUCAAAGCAAACAAAUAGAACAAACUAGAGUUCAACAUUACUAGUUACGUACUUUUCAAACAAUUGGCUGACCGACUUCUUGCUAUUACACCAGCGUUUGUCUUUUGUUGGGGGGCGUAGUAAGAUCAGGGAACAUGCAUUUUUUUUUUUUGAAAAACAAACUAUUGCAAACACAGCGCGAACAUAUCUUCUCGGUCAUCUAAUGGACGAUAAGCAUUUAUGCAGAAUCUAUGUGCAUGUGGUCAGACUCGUGGAGGAACCUGCCAAUUAUGGCCAUUCAGUAUGACAAGCGCCAAAGGCUGGAACAUACUCACCAAUCGUAUCACA